AUGGUUAUUCGCGGAAUAGGCGUAGAAGAGAAGGCGUUGGCACUUAAUGGAAGUGACUUGGGAGGAUGGAAUGUCCCUGUGGUCAAGAAACAGGAAACUCUUGAAGAAGAGGAAGCUUUCAAGGCCGUAUACUAUGACAAGAACCGUCGCUUUGGCAUUUCCGUUUGGCUAUUUGAGACUUCUCUUCCUGAGGAUGAUCGCAAGACCGCUUUGAGACAAGAAUUCGCUUCAUGCGGAGAGAUUCUACAUGUUUAUGUUCCCAGAGGCGACAGCGUAGCUUAA